GCAGACCCGGGUGCAGGGGACCGGAGGCGUCAGUGGGGUCGUGUCACCUCCUCCGGCCGACGUGCGGCGAGCGCGGACGGGAAGGCUGGCGGGGAGAGCCGCUGCCCUGGAGGGUUUCUGUUGGGCGCCACCGCCCGUGCGGCAGUCCGCGGCCGUUCACCGUCCGGGCUGCCCCUCCUUUAGGGGCCUGUCGCUAGUUCCGAGCGACCCGAAGAACUCCGGGCUCCCGACCCCGCCGCGGCCGCUGCGGCUCCCCGGGCCGCUCCAGCCCUCGCUUCCUCCGGCUCCGAUCUCGGGGAGCCGAGCGGAGCGGGACAGCGCGGCGGAGAGCAGCGGAACGGCGCGGAGCGAGCCAAGUUAAAGUCCGGUCUAGCAAGAAGAAGUCCGCGGGCCGAGCCACACGGAGCGGCGCGGAGCAGGGAGCGAGCGUCGCCUGCCACCAUGAAGCGGGACCGCCUCGGCCGCUUCCUGUCUCCCGGACUAGCUCGGCAGCGCGGGGGUUCGGGCGGCGGCUGUGGAAGCGGUCGGACUCGGGGCCGCCCUUCUCGCAGCGGCGGAGCGAGCGCUGACGGGGCGGCUGCUCCGCUCAGCUGGGGCUCGACGACGCGCUCCUGCGGCGACACAGGCGACGACGGUACAGACGAAGCUGGAGCAGGCCGGACUCUCGCUAUGGGGCAUUGUCGCCUCUGCCAUGGGAAGUUUUCCUCAAGGAGCCUCCGAAGCAUCUCUGACAGAGUGCCUGGGGAGACGUCAGAAAGACUGUCCCCAGGAGAGCGUGUCUUCAUUAGGGACUUCCAACGACUGCUGGGUGUUGCUGUGCACCAGGACCCAGCCCUGCCUCAGUUUGUCUGCAAGAACUGCUACACCCAAUUCUAUCAGUGCCACAGCCUUCUCAGGACCUUCUUACAGAGAGUCAACGUCUCCCCAGCUGGCCAGAGGAAGCCUUGUACAAAGGUUGGUGUUCAGCCUCCCACAGUGGCAGAGGAGGGAGCAUGUGUGGCUGACCUGAUUACCUCCAGCCCUCGGUGUCUGCACGGCUUGGUGGGCUGGGUGCAUGAGCAUGCGGUCAGCUGUGGGUCUCUGCCCAGCCUCCAGAGGACACUGUCCUCUGAGUACUGUGGCGUCAUCCAGGCUGUGUGGGGCUGCGACCAGGGCCACGACUUCACCAUGGACACAGCCUCCAGCUGCAGAGCUCUCUUUUUGGACAGUGCACUAGCAGUGAAAUGGGCGUGGGGCAAGGAGCUAUCACCACGGUUGGCCCAGAACUCAGAGUCCAACCCCACGGGAGCUGCCUCUCGGCUCUGCCAGGCCAGAGAAACCCAAGUUGGAUCUGAGACCAAGACACUGCCCAGUGUGGAUGUGGCCCCGCUGCACUCACAUGGAGUCUCUGUGGGGCCGGGGCUGGGCCCCCGCACGCAGCCACACUUGGCUCCCAGUGAGGCCCCAGGGCAACUGGGUGAGACGCAGGUUCCAUCGUCAACCUCGGAUGAUCGGGUAAAAGACGAGUUCAGUGACCUUUCUGAGGGAGACUUCCUGAGCGAAGAUGAGAGUGAUAAGAAACAAACCCCACAGUCCUCGGAUGAGUCCUUUGAGCCUUACCCAGAAAAGAAGGUCUCGGGCAGGAAGAGUGAAGGCAGAGAAGCCAAGAGGCCUGAAGAGGCCAAAAUCAGAAAGAAGCCUGGGCCCAAGCCCGGAUGGAAGAAAACGCUGCGCUGUGAGAGGGAGGAGCUACCCACCAUCUACAAGUGUCCUUACCAGGGUUGCACAGCUGUGUACCGUGGCGCUGAUGGCAUGAAGAAGCACAUUAAGGAGCACCAUGAGGAGGUCCGGGAAAGGCCCUGUCCACACCCUGGCUGCAACAAGGUAUUCAUGAUCGACCGAUACCUGCAGCGACACGUGAAGCUCAUCCACACAGAUUGGGUAUUGGUGGUGGCUGGUGUUCACACCCCUCUGGUCUUGCAGAGGUGCGCAAUUACAUCUGUGACGAAUGCGGGCAGACCUUCAAGCAGAGGAAGCACCUUCUUGUCCACCAGAUGCGCCACUCGGGAGCCAAGCCGCUGCAGUGUGAGGUCUGUGGGUUCCAGUGCAGGCAACGAGCGUCCCUCAAGUACCACAUGACCAAACACAAAGCAGAGACUGAGCUGGACUUCGCCUGUGACCAGUGUGGCCGGCGGUUUGAAAAGGCCCACAACCUCAACGUGCACAUGUCCAUGGUACAUCCUCUGACCCAGGCCCAGGACAAAGCCCUGCCUCUGGACGCAGAGCCGCCACCUGGGCCUCUGAGCCCCUCUGGGACCGUGGAGGGUCAGGCUGUGAAGCCGGAGCCAACCUGAGAACUGCAGAUAGAGCGCUGGGCAUGUCGAGCAGCUUGAACUCGGCAGGCGGCAUGUGGUUAAGGACACGUUCACUCACAGUCCUCACUCUUCCUGCCGAAUAGUUCUGCUUGUUCGUUGGACCCCAGGCUACACCCCACCUCACAGAGCCAGCAGCCAUAUGGUGGAGGGCACCUCUCGGGCUGAGGUGUGUACUUCAACCUGCUGUGGUACCAGCAGUUUUAUUUUCCUAUGGACACUGAACAAUAAGGCCAGACACAGAUUAUGAAUAAUUAAUUUUUCUUUUCCUAACUAGAGCAAUCAAGGAGAUUUGUAAUCUACUUUCUAGUGUAACAAGAGCUCCAUGUUCUGCUUGCAAUAAAUUAUUUACAAAGGUGCUGGCUGGCGCACUGAGGUCGGUGUAGUCAGAA